GCCUGUUAAUAAUAGAGAUGAAGUUAGGCGGUUAUAUUUGGUUGCUGGGCCUUACCAACCAAAACUUCAGCGCUAUCAAGGUCGAGAAUAUAAAGACAAAAUUCGACGUUUUCAACCAAAUUGGUUCAAUGAAUUUAAUUGGUUGGAAUAUUCUCCGACAACGCACAAAGCAUAUUGCUUUCCGUGCUUUCUAUUUUGUGAUAACAUCCAUGCCUCCAAUACCUCUGCAUUAGUCCAUAUUGGAUUUGAUAGCUGGAAGAGAGUUCAUCAAGGCAAAGAAUGUGUAUUUUUUCUUCACACAGUGGAGUUUUAUCCUGAUGAUUUUGAGCAACACGAGAGAAAUGCUUUAAAGAGUGAACUGACAUUUUAUCAUAUUCAUGUGGCUCAGAACUCUCAAUUCCAAGUUCCUACUCUUUCGCAUUUAUGUGAAAUGUUGGUGAAAACAAGAAAGGCAGACGAUUUCAAAAUGUUGACAAGAUUGAUACGUCUUGUGUUAACAUUACCGGUUUCCACGGCUACAACCGAGAGAGCAUUUUUAGCAAUGAAACAUGUCAAGACGGCAAUUCGCAACAAAAUGGCUGAUGAAUUUCUUGCUGAUAGUUUGACAAUCUUCAUUGAGAGGGAACUUGUCAGUACAAUAGAUAUUGACUCUCUUAUCGAUGAGUUUGCUAAAGUAAAAGACCGUAGAGUGCAAUUGACUUUUUAGUUUGAAUGUUUGAUGCACUAAAUUUCUAGUAGUUUUGUUGUAAAAACAUUUGUGAUGCACUUGAAC